UUGGAUUCUUUGUCGUAUUUUGGAAUUUCAUCUUCUCUUAGUUCUUGUGUUCGUUUUGUUAUUGAAUUUUGAUUGCUACACAUUUUACUUGGAUGGCAGAGAUGUUGGAAUCUUGAAUUAGUUUCUUUUUUUCUUAUUGAUUUUGAUGAGCUUUACUAACUUCUUCAAUCAUGCGUCUGAGAACGUUUUUUCUGUGACGUUGACAUUCUUCAUGUCAGGGGAACAUGUCAGGGGAAAGAUUGUUUGGAAUCUUAUUAUGAAUGCAUGAAAACUCAAUUUCGAACAUAUUAUCUUGAUUUCAUCUUAUCUUUUGUCUAAAUUAUUAUAGAAUUUCCAAUUUGUUACAUCGUAAUUGGAUUAGAUGCUUGAAUCUUGAAAUACCUUUUUAUUGAUUAACAUAAGAUGUCUAGAUGUCGCCUACAAGCUUCGCAGUUCUCAAUACUGCUUCCGUGAAGUUUCUUGUGUGCAUCAACUCUAAUAUACCAUGAUUAUUGAACUUUUUUAUUUUUAUACAUCGUACUUGGGUAACAUAGAUGCUUCUCAAAAUAUUGCUUCCAUGAAAGAUAUUUUUAUUGAUUAGAUGCGGCUUACAAGCUCUUCAGUUGAAACACUUGGCUUCCUUGGUCAGGGUAUGAUCGAUAAGUGCCAAUAGAAGAGUGCUAUGAUCUAAUUAUUUGUUUGUUAUUGUUUUCUUUUUCAUGAGAGGAGUUUCUCUAUGAUCUAAUUAUUUGUUUGUUAUUGUUUUCUUUUUCAUGAGAGGAGUUUCUUUGUGAUAAUUGGUUUUAACGAUAGCUAAUGAAAGAAACCUCAUCCUCUAUACAGGCACAAGUCGAUGUUCUUAAUGGGCAUGAAAAUAGAGAUUCUAAUUCCAAGUGCAAUUUGCGCAUGAGUCUUGCCUGGGAUAGCGCCUUCUUUACGAGCCCAGGAGUACUGGAACCGGAGGAAUUAUUUACGGCCUUGAAUUCAAGGAAUUAUGAUGAUGUGGUUAACAUACUGGGGAACGAGGAACACCUUCUAUUAUCGUCUCAAUCACUAGAACCAGACACUAAUAACAAAGCUGAAAAUUACAACUACCGUAAGAGCUUAGCUUGGGAUAAUGGAUUUUUCACUAGCGAAGGAGUUUUGAACCCUCUAGAAUUGGCCAUUGUUAACAACGGUUUAAAGAAGCCUGAAAGCCAUCUAGUUUCCGUUAUUGAGGAUGAAGUUUGGAGGUCUGUGGAGUCCAACAAUGCCUGUGAUAGUGAAGGUUCCUCAUUAAGUAGACUUGAGAUGGAUCUUUUUGAAGACAUAAGAGCAUCUAUCCCCAAACCAAUUUCUUCAAGGUUUGAACCGGGAAGACCAGCUUCAGCCGAACCAAGGGAUUCUCGAACUAUGAUGAAGGCCAUGCCAACUUGCAGAAAGCAGAGUAUUAAUAAGCAUGGAUCAAAGAAGAUUAUUAAAGAGAUACCAACAUCCCCAAGAAUGCAGUUGAAACAUAUGGGUGAAAGUAGGGAACAUUAUUCAUCUUCAUCCCUCAAACCAUUCAAGACCUCAAAGCAGAUUUCAAAAAAUUCAACUAAGAUAGCUUCCUCGGAUGAAAAGCAUGUCAAACUUGGAUGCAGGUCUGCAGUUUCGGCUUCGGCAGAAAGUUUGGGGAAGUUGAAGAAACCAAGUUUAAGGCAGUCGUUAAAUUCCAUCCAUAGCUCAACUCAGUCAUUUAGAUCACCUCUAUCACACAGUACAACAUUGAACGCCAGUCGCCGCCCUCCGUCUGAGAUAACCAUUCGGAAAUCACCUCCAACUUUUAGAAGAAGAGUUAACUCCCGAGGUUCGAAUAUACUUGUCGCUGGUGCAUCAUCAACAACUCCAUUGAUGAAGACGAAGGCAGGCAAGACGGAAGUGGGAAGUUCUUGCCAGUCCACCACACCACCAUCCUCAUGGAAUGGGACACCAUCACCAGCAAGCUCAAUUGAUGAAUGGCAAUUAGAGUUUUCAUCGACCUCUGCAACUCAAAGAAUUAAUAGAGGCAAACGUAGUCCAUAUUCCAGUCUUGGAAGUUCUCUAAAAGAGAACAAGAAUCAAGAAUCGAUAGUAAAUCGACGACAACAAAAACACCAUAAAGAAGGCAAUGCUGAUACAUCAAGUAUAUUGAGAGAAGUAAAACCAUCAGGCCUGAGAAUGCCGUCGCCGAAACUCGGCUUUUUUGACGUGGAAAAUAUGUUAGAGUUGGCUACUGAUACUGAUGCCAAGCGGGAUGUUGGUGCACGUCGUACUCGUUAUACUAAGCUUCUUUCUCCUAGAACUCAACCCAGCAACGAUAUUCGGAAUCGUAAAAACGGAGCAACACCGGUGUCCUUCUCAACCAGAAAAAGUAACAAAAGUCCAACAGUGAAGACAUAUAACAAGAUAGUCCAGUGUAAUCAAUCUACGAAGAUCGUCUCAAGGUACGAGUUAGAUGACAACAAGGAAAAUGAAUUUAGUUUAGUUGAUCAUCAAAUUGAGGGCUUAGCAAAGCAGGUACACUCCAUUGCUCUAAACUGAGAUGGAGUUCGUCCAAGUAGACAGAAUUAGAAUGUUUAAUAGUCAUUUUGAUAAAGCUAAAAUCAAAACGACUAGAAAAUGUAUGUUUUUUUUUUUAAUUUUUGCAAUAACAAUCUAAAUUCAAUUUUUGAUAGAAGAAAUAAAAUUCUAAGAUUAAGCGGCUAAA